AAGAGCAUUUUCACGAUUUUCACAUCGCGUACUUGUGCUGUGUCCAUCUGUAUCUGCAAAGUCCGUGUUCUGCUCAAGCUGGUUAUGGCUACUGUGAAAAGUGACGAAUCCUGAACAUUUUCCCCGAUUCUCUGCUCCACUGAAGCCGUUUGUGCAUGACCCAAAAGGAAAUCAGGAAAACGCAGAAAACUUGUGAAACUUCAGUAUAUUUUCGCUCGCUUUGAUUUAUACAACAUGGCAGACAAUAAGUUGUACGACAUCCUCGGAGUGCCAAGAACUGCUAGCGACCAGGAAAUUAAAAAGAAUUACAGGAAACUUGCAAAAGAAUUUCACCCAGACAAGAAUCCAAAUGCGGGAGACAAAUUCAAAGAGAUUUCCUUCGCGCACGAAGUCCUUUCUGACCCCAAAAAGCGCCAGACUUACGACAAUUUCGGAUUAAAGGGAAUUCAAGAAGGAGAUGAUGGAAUGAGUGGUGCUGAUUGCAUUUUCUCUGAAUUGUUCGGAUCUCCGAGCUUUUUUGGAGGUUUGGGUGGUGGAUUUGGCGGCUUCAGUGGAUUCGGUGGAUUUGGUGGGGGAAUGGGAGGCAGGAGAAGAACGCAACGAGGAAAGGACAAUAUUUAUCCCCUAAAAGUUACCUUAGAAGAUAUGUACAAUGGAAACGCAGUAAACCUAAGAAUAAGCAAGAACGUAAUUUGCACUGGCUGCAAAGGAAUCGGAGGUCCGGAAAAUGCUUUUAUCACGUGUAGAAGUUGUGCAGGUCACGGAUUCAAAGUAGCCUAUUGCCAGCUUGGCCCAGGUAUGACUCAACAGAUCCAAGCUCAUUGUACCACUUGUGAAGGAGUUGGAAAAGUAAUGAACGAGAAGCACAAAUGUACUGUAUGCAAAGGCAAAAAAGUUACGUAUCAGACAAAGGUUUUGGAAGUUAAUGUAGACAAAGGAAUGAGAGAUUCGCAAAGAAUAUUAUUUAGAGGCGAAAGCGAACAAAUGCCUGACACACAACCAGGAGAUUUGGUCAUUGUUUUGCAGCAGAAGGCUCAUGAUGUUUUCGACAGAUCCGGAGACGACCUUUACUUGACAAAAACUAUUGGUUUAGCCGAAGCUCUGUGUGGAAUAAAUAUCAUUGUUAAGCACUUGGACGGCAGGGAAUUGAACAUCACGAACCCACCUGGUCGUAUAAUUGAACCCGGAGACGUCAAAGGAAUUGUUGGUGAAGGUAUGCCUUUCUACAAAAGCCCCUUCGAAAAGGGAAACCUCUACGUUAAAUUCGAUAUCACCUUCCCUGAAGACAACUUUGCGAACGAGAAAGUUCUAGAGACCCUUGCCUCUAUCUUUCCACCGAAAGCACCGGUGAUAGUUCCCCGCGACGCAGAGGAGGUCGAACUAGAAGAAUACGAUCCUAAUUACAAAGACACGUCGAAUGCAUCUCGUUCUAGUGAGGCUUAUGCUUCAGAUGACGAAAGUAGCAUGCACGGUUCCGGAGUUCAGUGCGCACACCAGUAACAUUAUUCAUUGCUUUCUAGUUCUAGAACAAUAAAGUAAACAACUUGCUCCUUCGUAAGUAAACAAAUCCGAAAAAUCUGGAAAAAAUCAGUAUGCUAUGCAUACUGGACGGCUGUACGUCUGCGGGUAUAACUUAUGAGACUUUUUCGGAUAUUCGAAAAAAAAAACAAAAAAAAAUAAUUGGGGUCAUAAGAAAUGACUCAAUUAUUACAAUAAACAACAGCACUUUUUACAAUCACGAAUCGCAAUCAAGUUAUUGCUUUUUUAUACUUUUAUAAUACGUCUCACAUUAUUUGGUCAAUGACUAGUACUAUGAUCUACGUGCGAGUGCUAUAAUAAAUGAAUAAGCUACCAUAAAAUAGUUUAUAGUCAUUUCUGCAGUUCUGUAUAGGUUUUCCUUUGUCGGUUACAAAAUAUUGGUCUCGCGUUUUAGGAAUGUUGAUUUUCGUUUUAAAGUUUAUAUAUACAAAAAUCUAAAUUUGGGUUGAUGGAUAUCAUGUUCUAUAUAAGUAAAAAAGUUAUGAGUUUAAAUAUUUUAAGGAUUGCAGAAAGUCUAUUGAAUUAGCAAGUGCUAUUUUGGAUUUUGAUAAGCUCACUUGAAAUAGUUCGGUGCCCGCAGACUCAUAUCUCGUAAUCUAGCAAAUUGAGUAUUCUAAUAUUACGUCGCACUCGGUCUGUAAUGUCGAAAUCUAUCAAACUUGUCGCUUUUUGGAGUGUACAGAAUUUUUUUUUAGAUAGGAUCUUCUCUAAAAUUAAAUAAUUUAGACAAAAGUGAGUGGAAAAUUGUGAUAUCACAGUGCUUUUUAGAUAGGAAAGCGAUUUCUGUAAUUUAUUAUUGGCACUUUAGAAAGUGUGUGAUUUGGCAAUCCACCAAGAAAAAUUAUGUGCCGUGAUUGAGGUGAUAAAGCUUUUUAAAUUUCGAUGUUACCGAUCAAAUGUGAUAUAAAGUUAGAAUACUCAAUAAUAUCAGUGAACAGUCAUUGUUUCCCUUCUAAAUUGUUGACCUUUUUUUAAUAAACCAAGACUUGAAUUUCUAACCGAGGGUUUCAGUUUCUAUUUAAUUGCAUGACUAAGAAUUAAAUGAUUUUUUUCUUGAGACUUGCAUUUUGUGGACUGUGACUGUUUUCUGCCAAUUAACGUAAAAGAUUCCCUGCGUAAUGAAUAAGCAUGACCAAUAAUUUCACUUAUCCAGAUUAUAGAACAAUUAUACUUGAAUUGAUAUGCUAGAGCUAAUUCUAAUUAAAACAGUCGAUUAAUUUCAGAAAAAAAUAAUUAUUUUAUUAAAUUAUGAUUUUUGAAUAUUACAGUUUCUAUUUAUUAUAUUUAUAUGAUCCAAGGUAGUUUACAAUAAUUUAAUUAUAUAUUGGAAGAACUGAUUUAAUAAUCAAUUGUCUUGAAUAAUUUUUACUGUAGCAUAAUCAUUUUUUGAUAAACGCAAUUCAAGAUGGAUCUCAAUGCAAUGCAAAGACAAGAGAAAACGUGGUACAAAUUAAAAACGGAUUAUGUUUGAGUUUAUGGUCGAAUGUUAUAAUUAUAAUGAAUUGUGAGUGAAGAAAAUUCGGACAAAAACACUAUCGCAUAACACAGUUUGAAUUUUAUUUCCAUUCUAAAAAGUUAACUGGUUUUUUCUUAAUUAAUUAGUGUAAUAUAAUUUAAAUUAAAAGAUUGUGUAAGCCCAAAAAUAGAGUACAUGCACUGAUUAAAUAAGAGAAUUGUUUAUGUAUGUAGGUGCAGGUGGUCCUGGUACCUAAGAAAACAUCAUAAUUCAUAAACAUUCGUUAACACGUGAAAAUAAAUAAGAGCUAACGCUAGGCUGAGCCUGCGUGAUGCUUGUGCUUAAUUUGUUUUCAUAAGUAUGAUUUGUAACGCUUCUGUAUGUAAUAUUAGGAAUAUAUAAUUUAUGAAUCAGGGGAAAUUUUUGACUCUUUAUGACCGAGAAAAUCAGUUCCAUUAAAAAUAUACAAUCGAGUAGUGACAAGCGAUAAAAUUAUACUUUCUUGUAAGAAAUAGAAUUUUUAGAUUUAAAUAUAUUAAAGCUUGGUAUAAAGU